UUCGUUGACUUGUGUUUCUAGGCAUGCUUAUAUACAUCAAGUGCUAAAAAUCUCAACGCAUAAGGAAUUACUUCAUAAGUACACGACAAAGAAAAAAACUGAAUCGAAAACAAGAAAAAAUAUUUAUUUUGAUAGCCACGACACAAAGGACUACUCCAAGUUGUAGCUGCUAAAAUUGGCGCGCGAUUUUAUCAAAGCGACACUCUUGAUAUUGGUAUGUAACGGAGCCAACGAUUCGUCAAGGUGACUAACCGCUUAUUUGUCUGUUGUUUCAUGAACAUUGUUGUGACGCGUUUUACGUGAUACUGUUAGUUUUUUAAGGAAUUGCUUGUACAUUAGUAUUCUGCGGUGAUCAAAACUUAAAAAAACAUAAAGUUAUGAUAUGAAAGGAAUCAAGUAAAAUUUAAAUAUUUUGGAAAUUGAGUGCUAAACAUUGGCAUAAACAGAUAUUGAUGUUGAAAAGUGGCGUCGAUGAAGGCUCCUUUUAGAAAUACAGCAACGAGCACUGCUCAGUCAGAAUCCAAAAUGGCAUCUCCUACCAUUUCUCUGUCAGAUCCAACAACAUGUACUUCAUCAGUCACGUCUGAUCUUAGCCAGGAUGAAAUCUUCACCAAAUGUUCCAUCUGCCAGGACACUUAUACCAUUCCUAAAGUAUUACCAUGUCUUCAUACAUUUUGUCAACCUUGUCUUGAGAAGAUACAAGAAUCUCCAGGAAAGAUUAAAUGCCCACAGUGUCAAGAAGAGUGCCUAUUGACAGAUGGUUUAGCAGGUCUUUUGUCAAAUUAUGCAGUAAGUAAUAUUUUGGAGGCAAAUGCAUUGCAAGGAACUACCCUAUGCUGUACUGGCUGUAAAACUAAAGAAAGCAAUGUAGUGGCUCGCUGUAUUGAUUGUGCCAAUUUCUUGUGUUCAAACUGUGUGAUGGCACAUCAGUUUAUGCACUGCUUUGAAGGACACAGAGUUCUCACGAUGGGAGAGUUUCAAAAUAAUAAAGACGAUAUCAAACCCAAGAAACCUAUCUUUUGCUCGCACCACAAACUCAAGGCAUUGGAGUUCUUCUGCCAGACCUGUAAUGUUGUGAUAUGUAGUGACUGCACAAUCGUGGAACAUCCCCAGGGGAUGCAUAACAUAGACCAUUUGGAAGAUAUUGAAUACAAGCAUAUUGAAUAUAUGAAUUGUUUGAUUGAGGAUUCCAAGGAGAAACAAACAGAUCUACAGAAUCGUUUAAAAACAGUUGAGCACUCUACUAGUAACAUUCAUGUACAAUAUGAAAAACUACAGAAUGAAAUAAAGGACACCCACCAGUUUUACUAUGUGGCCGUAGAAGAAAGAAAACAAGAAAUUUUGAAAGAAUUAGAUGAUGUCUUCAACUCAAAAAUGGUUUCUCUUUCAAUGCUUGGACAGAAACUUCGUGAUAACGUUAAUAAGACCCUUGAAAUAUGUGACUUCAUGGAAAAACUCUUGAAGUUUUCCAGUAACACAGAAAUACUUCUUUUUAAGCAUUUAUUGACUUCACAAUUUCAGAAAAUUGUUGAAUUUAAUCCAGUUGUUGGUUUGGAUGCAUCUGAGCUUGAAUUUGUAUCUAAUUAUCAGGCUAUCCAAAUAGGGGUGCGGAACACCUUUGGCUAUCUUCAGCAUAAUUCAGGAAUGCAAGUCCAGCCACAGUCUAUUACUAGGUCAAAUGGUGUAAUUGGAUCAGAACGAUCCUCUCAAAAUGGAAACAUGCUUGAGCCAAACAUAAUUGCCAAAAGAUUUAAUUCUGCUAACUGUUUCAGUCCUUUUCUGACUAAUCUGGGAGAUUACAUGAAGUGGUCAAGUAUCCCUUCUGACAUCUUUCACAAUGGUACUGACUCCCCUUCCAUUUCCAAUGAUCCUGUUUUUGACUUGUCAUCCAAAUUGGUUAAUUCAAAUAUGUUUCCUUUAAAAUCCCAAAUGAAGCGUCAGAAGAUGAUUUACCAUUGUAAGUUUGGGGAGUUUGGAGUAAUGGAGGGUCAGUUUACAGAACCAAGUGGUGUAGCUGUGAAUGCUCAGAGUGAUAUCAUAGUAGCCGACACCAAUAACCACAGGAUCCAGAUCUUUGACAAGGAAGGUCGGUUCAAGUUUCAGUUCGGAGAAUGUGGGAAACGAGAUGGACAAUUGUUAUAUCCCAAUAGAGUUGCCGUUGUAAAGGUUUCUGGUGAUAUUAUUGUUACCGAGAGAAGCCCAACACAUCAGAUCCAGAUAUACAACCAGUAUGGACAGUUUGUCCGCAAGUUUGGAGCCAACAUCCUCCAACAUCCAAGAGGUGUGACCGUUGACAAUAAAGGUCGUAUUAUCGUGGUAGAAUGCAAGGUGAUGCGUGUUAUCAUUUUUGAUCUUUUGGGCAACGUUCAUCACAAGUUUGGAUGCUCCAAACACCUGGAGUUUCCCAAUGGGGUUGUUGUUAAUGACAAGGAGGAAGUAUUCAUUAGUGAUAACAGAGCUCACUGUGUGAGAGUGUUCAGUUAUGAGGGAGUAUUCAUGUGGCAGAUUGGUGGAGAAGGAAUAACAAACUACCCAAUCGGUGUGUGUAUUGGUCCACUUGGUGAAAUUCUAGUGGCUGAUAAUCACAAUAAUUUCAAUAUUACUAUCUUUACUCAAGAUGGGCAGCUAGUGAAUGCUCUGGAAAGCAAGGUGAAACAUGCUCAGUGUUUUGAUGUGGCUCUUGUUGAAGAUGGCUCCAUUGUGUUGGCAAGCAAGGACUAUCGACUGUACAUUUAUAAAUUUCAUGAAACACCAGGAAUUGGAUUGUGAAGAAAGGUAAAAUACUACAAGACCAGUUGUUUGCUGUCACACUACGCAUGAGGAGACGCAACCUAGUACUUUGUGUUAAGCAUAUUUGAAAGAAAGAUUUUUAUUGGCUGUAAUUUAGUGAGUUAUGGCAUUCACUAUUGCUUACUAAGAUAUCUGACUGCGUAAGCCCAUUGACUGUUUAUAAAGAAUGCCGACUGGUUGUUUUUGAUAUCCUCUACUUACAGUAUUAUAGGUUUUCUUAAUCUUGAUUAUUGUCAAUAGAACAAGAUCUUAGAACAAAUGCACGGCAAGCCCAACACAUCCCAAUUGUUUGUAUGGUUAAUUGUUUGUUAUUAAUGCAUGCGUUAGAACCCCCAAGUGAUCAGUUUUAAUGUUCCCUCACUUGAAUAUUUGUUAAUUUUCAAACAUUUAAUCCUAUUUAUUAUGGACUACUCUUUACAGUCAUGAAUUUGCAAUGAUCAAACUACAUUCAUCAUUUCUAUACCAAAGAACCUGUGGGACCGUUUUUUGAAAUGAUUCUUAGAUAUGCAAGUUUCAACUACCUUCUUCUGAUGAUAAAUUUCUUGUUUUUGUAGGGCUUGUAUAGUUAAAAAAAAUAUCAUAAGCACAUUAGAUAUAUCCGCUAUUAAGUCUUAUUAUUUGCUCUCCUCUAAACAGAUUCUGUUGGUCAGCACUUCAUCAUCAGUUCUGUUGAUUUGAAACGUUCAUGAUUUAUUAUUAUAUUGUUAAGUUAUAAUUAUUGUUUUUAAAAUCACUUGUUGUUCUAACUGAUGACGAAAACAGUGAAAUGUACUAGUCACACCCAAUGCUACACUGUUGAACUCUUCAUUGUCUCAACAGCUUGGACCGUGUGUGGUUUGAGAAGAGCAUGACUACACAAAUAGCUGGCAGUAUUAUUUUUAGACAACUUUAAAGUCUCUCUUGUAAAAUUGUAUCAACAUUUUUGUAGGAAGAGAAUUUUUUAUAGUUUUUCUGUCCUUUUGAAUAAUUGGGUCACUCAAAUUUCAAAUUACUAUGCUCCCAUCUCCAGACCUAAUAGUAUAAAGAUAUUUAUAUUUUUUUAACCUGUGUAUGUUUGAAUCUCUCAGUUAUAGAAGUGUUAUGCAAGUUUAAUUUGAUGGUGAAUUAUAUUUGUAACAAGUGUUUAUAAAAUGACAAGAUUUACCUUUAUCACAAUGGUAGAUUGAUAAAAAUGUAUAGUUCGAAAUAACUAGUUUUGAUCAUAAAAGCAAUUUAGACAUUUUAGAUGUAGUAAUUUGCCACCUAAGUGAAAAAUUCUCUUUAAGUUUGAAACCUUUAAUUUAGUUAUUGUCUUGUGUCUUGAAAAGUAUGAAUUUAAAUUUGGUUUGAAAGUAUUUUUGGUAACUUUGUAUUUGAAAUACUGAUAUUUAUUUGAUAGUAUUCAUCAUAGAAAUUUUGAUUAGAACUUAGUGUUUAAAAAAAACUUGUAUGAAAGGAAUACAUUUAUUUUGAAGAUUCAGUAUUUCUUAAGAAGUUUGUCUUGUUCAAUUCACAACAUGCAUCAAAUAUCAGUAACUCAUUACCUGGUUAAUACAGAGAAAUAGCAUAAAAUAUGUAUAUAUAUUUAAAAUGGUAUAUCUUAUUUAUCCAAAAUAUUAGAAUAGGGAAAAAUGUCUGUAUUUUAAUUUUCACUCUUCACAGGUUCAUUAAUAUUAUGAAUGACACUGUAAGAAUUGCUGCAAGUAUUCAGUGCUUAGUUAUGUAGCAAGAUGGAACUGAUCUCGGAAAGACUUGUUUGUGUUGCAGGUUUCUAGACAGUACUACAUUAACCGGAAACUUAUGGUGAAAACGAAUAUAUAAAGAUUCAUUUUGUAAUUAUUAGAACUGAUAGAUAUAAAGUAGUGCCAUCUGGUGGUAUUGCAAAGAAACGGUGUGAAACUAAACAACGCAGCAAAGAAUGAAAGAUGAUCAAAUUGCUGACUCGGCAUCUGGUACAGUAAAUAUAUUUCGAUGGUAUUUAAACGAUUGUACAAUACUUUGAAAAUUGUAUUUAUGGGUCAGAGUUUUGUUUUCUGUUUUAAAAUCAAUAUUUAAGUUAUAUUGGAUUAUUAAGUGGUUACUUUUUAUCUUUUAUGUAGAUCCACUAUGCAAGUAUUUCAUCACAUUUUUAUGCAGUACCUCAUUAAAGUAGAUAUAGUUGUAAUGAAUGUUUCCGAUAUUAUUAGUAUUGAAGAAUAGCUUGAUUUUUAUAUAACAUUCUUUCAAAGGCUGUUGUUACUUUAAUCUUUUGAAAACUACAGAAUAUUUAUCUUUACAUAUAAGAGAUGGUUUUAUCAUCAUUAGAAUAAAUUAAAUAACACUGAAUAAUUCUUGUUCUCCCUAACUAUGUUAAAACAUUAUGGAUUCUUAAUUGUCAAAUUGUUCCUACAAAACUGAGAUCUAUUUGCCAAAAGCCCAUUUUUAAUAAUCAGUCUCUUUAAAAGAGGAAUACAGGGGCAUAAGUUUCUUACAGUUUCAAGUGUUGUCUGUAAAAGAGUGUUACAGGGGGAUUAAACUUGGAGAUUUUAACCUCUGUCCGUGUUAAAGAAGUUCAGAGGUACAAAUUUCUUUGGUGAUUUCAGUUACUACCUGUUCAUCGGUUAUGCUUAUUUAAAAAAAAAGAAGUACGUACUUAUAAUAUACCAGAUGAAUUCUAAUAGCAUUAAAUGUUUUUAAUAUUUGUUUAUUUCUUGUUUCAUUGUUUGUAGGUAUGCAUUAUUUUCAAGACAAAAAUACAUUUUUCAUGUUGAUGUAUAUGUAAUGUAUUGCAUGAGUAAAGGUGCUACCAAUUUCUUUGAUAUUUAAGUAGUAUUAUAUACACAUAUACGGACUGACAGAGGGCGUAUAUUGCUCAAAAACUUGUGACACAAAAACCAGAAAGUGUUCUAUCUCCAACUUAGGUGUCCAUAAUUAAUUUUAUUUGAAAUUGCUUUAGUGAUUAUAAAUGUAAUCUUUUAUUUAUUAUCGUUCAAGAUUUUAGAUUUUGUUUUGGAGCAGCUAUGCUGGUAAUUGAUAGUGGAUUCUUGCUGCUGUUUCCCCGAUAUGCAAUCACUCGAAAAGCUUUUAUUUUUCUAGCUAUUAUGUAUAUACAUUACACGGUUAUCGGUCAAUUAAGAAAAUUAUAAUUUCACAAUAAUCAACGUUAAGAAAAACUGAAAAUUUAAAAACAACCUAGUCAGAAAUAUUUAAAAAUCAACUUAUAGUUAUUAGAACACAAAGGUGUGACCUUCUUUACCUCCAAAUCUGUGGAAUCCAGAUUGUUAAACAAAAAACUAGUUAUUUCUAACACUAUGAUUUAGUUACUUUUGUUACAUAUAUCAGUGACUAGUUCAACAGACUUUAUAAAAGGAUCAAGGAUUGGUAUGGGACUUGUUUAUAUCAAGAAUGAUUGGUUCAUGUGACCUUAUAUAAAUGAUGGAUUAAUAUAUGAAUUUUUGUAAACCAACAGUUGGUUCAUGUGACUUUAUAUAGAUGAUGGAUUGGUAUGUAAAUUCUUGUAAACACCAACAAUUGGUUCCUGUGACUUUAUAUUGAUGAUGGAUUGGUAUGUCAAUUCUUGUAAACACCAACAAUUGGUUCAUGUGACUAUAUAGAUGAUGGAUUGGUAUGUGAAUUCUUGUAAACACCAAUAAUUGGUUCCUGUUACUUUAUAUAGAUGAUGGAUUGGUAUGUAAAUUCUUAUAAACACCAACAAUUGGUUCAUGUGACUUUAUAUAGAUGAUGGAUUGGUAUAUGAAUUCUUGUAAACACCAACAGUUGGUUCAUGUGACUUUAUAUAGAUGAUGGAUUGGUAUAUGAAUUCUUGUAAACACCAACAAUUGGUUCAUGUGACUU